GAUAGACGAUGCUGUAUAAUAGUUGAGCUACGUACAUACUACACACAACCUACACAUUGAAAAAUAAAUAUACUAAAUUAAUAACAAACUGGUUUGUUUUUCCUGUAAAACAAUUGUUUGCAAAAGAUUCCAAAAUUGAGGACCAAAAAUUCAAAUCCUUAUCACUAAAAAAAAAAAACCGCCAACCGUCGCACCAGAAUCGCCUGUAACUUCAAGGGUUUACGAGCCGGCGCGCGGUGAAGCUGUCAAAGUUUAUUUAUGUUGUUGUUUUGAAAGCCUUUCUUUUGCAUCGCCUACUGCUCCAAUCCGGCACACACUACACGAUGUUUGCAAGAUGUACAUCGGCAUUAUUGCGGAGAUAUUGCUCCGCAAGCAAUUCUUCAAAGCUGGCCGAAGCGAUUGCAGCCUCCGUGGAAGGUGCGGACAAGGAAAGCAUCAGUGCGCUGCUGGUCGCCGUGCCGGAACUCUCCAAAUACGCCCCCGAACAGUGGCACCGCACAGCGAAACUGCUCAGCACGGAAGGGCUCGAGCUGGAAAAGACACUCUCCAUCAUCGGCGGCCACCCGGCCAUACUAGUGCGGCCGGUGGAAAAGAUCGCGGAAAGCUUGCACUGCUGGCGGUCGUGCCAGUUCGGGGACGCCAACAUGAAGGUGCUGGUGUCGGCCCAUCCCUACCUGCUCGAUUACACCAACCACGGGCAGCUGGCGCAACGGGUCGCCUUUCUGCACUCCCACUUUGAGACGCGCAAAAACGUGUACCGGCUGUUUCUGGCCGCCCCGAACCUGCUGGUGGACGAGCAGCACGUGACGGAGGCAAAGAUCGCCUACCUGCUGCAGGCGAUGCGCCACGAGGUACUGGAGGUGGUGAAAUCCAGCGCCUUUGCGCACGAUCUGGACCAUUUGCGCUGCCGGCACACGUUCCUGGAGCGGCUGGGACUGUUUAAGCCGCGGUCGCUCAAGGCGGAGAAAAGCACACCGACGGGCAAUCCUCCGCUGCACCAGAUUACGGACACGAGCGACAAGCGGUUCGCGGUGAAGGUGGCGUACGUUACGCUGGAAGAGUACGAAGUGUUUCAGGAGCUGUACCGGCGCGAGAUGGAGCAGGACGAGCAGGACGAAACGGACGAUGAGCUGGAGCGGGAGGAGGUGGAAAGUGAACCAAAGCGCAGUGCGUACCAUAAGAAGGGCAGAUAGGAUGGGAAAGGUGACUUUCGUUUUUUUAUUUAAAUGUUGUCCAAUAGCGUUGCACCAGUUACGCAGCAAUAAAUGCACGUGGACGUCGCGUCAGUAGUCAAAGAGCUCGUAAAAUUAAGCAAA